AUGGAUAAACGAGAUUUUGCCGACGACGCGACGACGAACUCGUCGGACCGCAAACAACCGCUCAAGACGACCGUCAGCAUGCCGAUACUCGGCCAGAGGACUGCAACGAAUAACGACGAAAACCGUCGCGAGAGACGUCCGCUGGCGGGCAAAAUGGACGAGGUGUCUGCACUGCCCGACGGCGGAGACGACGAUGAUCAGCCGAGACCUGCCCUGACCAAGUCGACGAGCUGCUACCAAGUGCAGCCGUCGUCCAACAGCAAACCGUCCCGAGCCCACGACCAAUGA